GUCCCGAACCAAAUCUUCCUUCGCUGAUGGCGCCACUCCUCUCCCAAGCGGUCCCCAAAACCUUCGCACCACCGAUUCCCCGCGCUCGCCACCGCCUCGCGCCCAAACCGCCCUCCGCCGCCGCCUUCCUCCGCGGACUCUUCCCCGCCCGCCCGCCACCGGCGAAGGCCGAACUCCUCCGCCUCAUCGCCGACCAGGGCCGUGGCCUCCAGACACAGUCCGAUCCCGCUCGCCUCGCCGACAUCGUCUCCUGCAUCGACGCGCUCGCCGCGGUAUCCCCCGGCGUGGACACCGUCUCCGACGCCGCCAAGCUCUCCGGGACCUGGCGCCUGCUAUGGACCACCGAGCAGGAGCAGCUCUUCAUCGUGCGCAACGCCCCCUUCUUCCGCACCGCCGCCGGCGACGUGCUCCAGGUCAUCGAUGUCCCCGGCGGCGCGCUCAACAACGUCAUCACCUUUCCGCCCUCAGGCGCAUUUGUCGUCAAUGGCGACAUCGAGGUCCAGCCGCCCCAGCGAGUCAAUUUUAGGCAGGUUUUUUUAUGCUGGUUCACACGCGCUGUGCUGAGAGGAAGCAACUGGGAGGUACCUUUUCCACCAUUUGGGAAAGGAUGGUUUGACACUGUCUAUUUGGAUGAUGACAUACGGGUCGCCAAGGACAUAAGAGGGGACUAUUUAGUAGUUGAUCGCGCUCCAUAUUCUUGGGAUGGAUAGUGUCUGAAGUUCAAAGCUGACCAAAAGAACAUUUGGAGAACCUUAUGCUUUCCUAGCAAUCUAGCAUAGACUUCACAUUUUACUAUGCCGUUUCUUUUCCUGUACAUUGUUUUGUUCUACGGAUACUAUGUGGUAAGUCCGAUACAUGCUGUACUCGCUGUAAGAUAUUCUCCAAAGAAAUUGAUAAAGGAAGUUGAUAUUGUCCGUAUAUGUUUUCCUAUGUGAAAGAACACCAACUUGCUCAAGUAUAUUAGCUGCUUUGACUUGAUGAUGCUGUGGAUCAGGCUCUAAAGUACUUUGAAUGCAUAAUGAAAUGGUAAAGAAGGAUCCACCACGCUUCUACUUGUUGAACUUGGUAUUGCAUUGCUAUGGCCCAGCCAUGAUGGACUUAUGGACGAUUGCAGUUUAUUUUGCUAGUGUUACUUUGCUUGUUGGCUUUAGCUUAAAACUACUGGGUACACAGUAGCUCUAAUUGGUGGCUUUGUGCAUGUGACGUAUGCUCUCAUGCAAUCAGGUCAAUGAAUACAAUCAUCUAUGUAAGGGUAGUAACAGCAGCAUUGCUUUCUUGAAACCCAACUUUGCUUUGGGAAAAGUAGCAAAUCUAAUGUUGAAAUAUAAGAUUCAGGAUCUGUAACCACUUACCAUUCGACAACUAAUUGUAGAAGUGUGUCUCAGAUGCAAUUAUUUUUUUACUAUAUCUCUGCCAGUCAGGGGAUCAUACUGCCGGUCUUGGACUUCAUGUUCAAGUGUUGUACCUGUGGAGUCCAAAUGGCAUGUGCAGUGCAGUGGUGAGAGAAAUCGAUUUACCAUUUCUGUUUUUAUUUCCGUGACUAACUUUAUUUGGUCAUUUCUGUAUUUGUGAAUACUCUGCUCUACAGAAGUAAUUUUUUUGUGAGGUUCUCUGCUAUUCAUCAGAAGUAAACUUUUUUCAGCCUGGAUGUCCUGUUUCUAGUUUAUAGAUAAGUCAGGGAAUAGGUCUGUUAUGCAAUGGAUCGACUGAACAUCACCGCUAUAUGAUAUUUGAGGUCAGAUCAUCAGAACUACUGGUGCAAAAUGCUUCAAGUUUUCUCCUACUGUUGGACUGAACAACCACCUUUGUUUUCAACAGCUUAUUUCAAUUAUCUAUUCUGGCGGUCACCCCUCUUGUACUAAUAAAGUGGGUUUUGUUGAUGCUGUUUCCGCUAUUUGCAGGUUCUGAGUCGCAGUCGCACAGCAUUGGGAGGGUUUCGGAGGACAGGUUGGACCAUGACCCCCGGGCCAGGCUAUUUAGUGUUGCAGCAUAUUCUGUACUGUGUAGUGUUCGGUAUUGUGCAGAAAGAGCUGGGCCUACCAAGCACUGCAGCCUGGAGCCAUUUCAAUCAAAGAUUAGAAGACGGUGGCUUUCGUUCCGGAAUCGGACCCCUCCAUGGCCCUGACCAAGUGCUAAUGUCCGGAUGAUCAACAACUCUGGUGUUCUAUGGAUACUGAUACACAUUUUAUACUUCAACUCUACAUUGUAAUCACCCAGGUUAGCAUACCUUUCCACGAAAAAUAAUUGCAAAUACUGACAUGAUUACUCA